AGCCGAUUCGUACACAAGCUUCCCGCUUUUCCCCGCGGUGUCGGUCGCGGUCGAGAGGUGGUGCAGCGGGGCGAGACAGUCCUGCCAGACGCGAGCUGCAAGGUGGUGGUGCCGGUCGUGCGGUCUUUGUGGAAGGGCCGGAGCAAGGAGAACCACGCCGGAAGAGCAGCAGGAAGGAAAAUAGAUUCACACCCGUUGUGACUGCUGGGGGCCGCGUCGAUGUCGAAGGACAAGGAGCGAACGCAGAACUGACUACACCAAGGGCCAGUGGCAGGAUGGCUCCUGCACAGGUUUUUGAUACCCAACUACCAGUAUUAUUGCAAAGGCGGCCUGCGUACUUAUUGGGCUCAUGCAUGUUGGUGUGUCUGGGUCUGGACGAGUCACUGAUCAUGUCGAUGUUGUUUUAUGAAUGUCAUAAAUCCCUUUUUUCAGGUGGUCAUCUCCCGAGCUUCUCAGCAGCAGCUUUCCGCUAGGAAGACAACAAGUUCUUCAUCUUCCCAUACCAAACCAGCGACAGGAAAUAAAACCUCGACCACCCAAAGUCUUUCCUCCAUGACGUCUCGAUCUCCUUUCAAGCCGGUCGCACGAGCGGCCCAUGGCAGUUGUGCGCCCGAUAAAGAGCCAGCAGCUUCGAUCGUCUUGGUAUCAGCAAGGCACUACUCGGGGAAAAACAAACACUCUGAUGAAUCGCGCGACCACAGUCCUGCUUCGCCCCGCGAGUUUUACGGUACGAUUACGACACGAAAAAAGCAAAAAGUACAGCGGAAGAAUAUACAAGACGUCGGCAACGGGAGCAGAAGUGAGACCGAGUUUCAACCGGAGAAAGAACAGGCUGCUGCAGUUGUCUAUGCUGUUGAAAGCCACUACAACAACCAGGACCCGCACGACCCACAGGGAAUGAAUUAUGAGGAGUACCAUAGGACUUCCGCUUCUGCUUCAGGGACUGUUUCUGCACGCAAUGAGCACGCUGGGGGAUCUUUGGGACAACAUGCUGCUAGUUCCUUGGAAGGGACGCAAAUCCAGCAAGAGAAGAAACCAACAGUGAUUCAGUACCACUACAAAACGCCGACGAUAAACAUUCCGGGGAAGAACGCAUCAGUCCGGACCACGACACACAACAACUGGGCAGCUGCGCAACAACCUGCUCAGAUUCAAGCACCAUCGUCUGGUGUUCCCUUCUACCGAACGCCGCUCGUUGCCAAGCCCCUCUUCGACGUCGUACAACGGACCGGGAUGACUACAAAUGGACCGCUUGCUGGACACAGAGACAAACACGUAGUGACGUACAGGUAACUUUUAUACAAAAAAUUGAUGAACAAUGGAACAAAUAUUUCACGUAGUAGAACGACUUUUAUCUUCUUUUCUUUAGAACGGCAUACAGAUCAACAUCACAUACUCAUACAUGAGUUUUUCAGGAAAGUACUUAAAUCCGAAAUCUAGUUUCUGUGUUGAGUGCGUGGUGCUUCUUGCUGCAUACGUUAAUUAUGAGCGCAUGGACUUCCUAAUUGCUCAUCUUGUAUAAUUUGGUAAUCCGCAAACGCACUCUGCGAAUUUGGGAUUGGGACGAUGUCGAACCGCCCUGUAUAAUCAGCAUUGAGGAGAAUCAAAAUUUGAUGAAUUUAUUGAGGCCGCAAUUAAUGGACAGAUCCAGAUGUUUAAUGGUCGUCAGGAAUGAUCGCAG